AUGUCAUCGCUUUCCGUUAAGUUCUUGGCACCAUCAUUGCCAAAUGGUAGUAAUAGGUUCAAGAGCGUCAGACUUCAGGCCACCCCGCCGCAGACGGUGGCUGCACCGGCAUCCGGGGCUGCAGGAGUCGACGCCGAGAGGCUGGAGCCUCGAGUGGAAGAGAAGGAUGGGUACUUUGUGCUGAAGGAGAAGUUCAGGCAAGGGAUAAAUCCUCAGGAGAAGGUGAAGAUUGAGAAGGAGCCCAUGAAAUUGUUCAUGGAAAAUGGGAUCGAAGAGCUGGCGAAAAUGUCUCUUGAGGAGAUUGAAAAAUCAAAGUUGAGUAAGGAUGAUAUUGAUGUGAGGCUCAAGUGGCUUGGUCUCUUCCACAGGAGGAAGCACCAGUAUGGUCGAUUCAUGAUGAGGCUUAAGCUCCCUAAUGGGGUGACGACGAGUGCCCAGACUAGGUAUUUGGCCAGCGUUAUCAGGAAAUACGGGAAGGAUGGGUGUGCUGAUGUUACUACAAGGCAAAAUUGGCAAAUUCGUGGAGUCGUUUUGCCUGAUGUGCCCGAGAUUCUAAAAGGUCUUGAUGAGGUCGGCUUGACGAGCUUGCAAAGUGGCAUGGACAAUGUGAGGAAUCCAGUAGGGAACCCUCUUGCCGGGAUUGAUCCGCAUGAAAUCGUUGACACGAGGCCUUAUAAUAAUUUGCUCUCUCAAUACAUUACUGCCAAUUCGCGUGGCAAUCCUGCUUUUACCAACUUGCCAAGGAAGUGGAAUGUGUGUGUGAUAGGAUCGCACGAUCUUUACGAGCACCCGCACAUCAAUGACCUUGCAUACAUGCCAGCAACAAAGAACGGACGUUUCGGGUUCAAUCUUCUCGUGGGCGGGUUCUUCAGCACCAAGAGAUGUGCGGAGGCAAUCCCUCUUGAUGCAUGGGUUCCCGGUGAUGAUAUACUCCCCGUUUGCAAAGCCAUACUUGAAGCUUUCAGAGAUCUUGGUGCCAGAGGAAACAGGCAGAAAGCAAGAAUGAUGUGGUUAAUUGAUGAGCUUGGCAUAGAAGGAUUCAGGGAAGAAGUUGUGAGAAGAAUGCCUCAACAGCAAUUGGAGAGAGCAUCUUCAGAAGAUCUGGUCCAGAGCCAGUGGGAGAGGAGAGACUAUUUCGGAGUUCAUCCUCAGAAGCAAGAAGGCUACAGUUUUGUGGGCAUUCACAUCCCGGUUGGCCGUGUCCAGGCAGACGACAUGGAUGAGCUUGCACGUUUGGCUGACACCUAUGGCUCAGGCGAGCUCCGGCUCACAGUCGAGCAGAACAUCAUCAUUCCAAACGUCGAGAACUCAAAAGUUGAAGCACUUCUUCAGGAGCCCCUCCUCAAGGACCGGUUUUCCCCCGAGCCACCCAUCCUAAUGAAAGGCCUCGUGGCUUGCACAGGCAACCAGUUCUGUGGGCAGGCUAUAAUUGAGACAAAAGCACGAGCUCUAAAGGUGACGGAACAGGUGCAGAGACUCGUUUCAGUCACGAAGCCAGUGAGAAUGCAUUGGACCGGCUGCCCCAACUCUUGUGGUCAAGUGCAAGUGGCUGAUAUCGGAUUCAUGGGAUGCAUGACUAGAGACAAAGCCGGGAAAGUAGUGGAAGGGGCGGACGUUUAUCUUGGGGGGAGAAUCGGUAGCGACUCACAUUUGGGAGAUAUAUAUAAGAAAGCCGUGCCUUGCGAUGAGCUCAUCCCGUUGGUGGUGGACUUGUUGAUAGAGAAGUUCGGUGCCGUGCCGAGAGAGAGGGAAGAGAGUGAAGAUUGAUCACGCUUUGAAGAAGAUGCAUUUGUAGUGGCAUGCUGAAGGAAAAAAGAGCUGGCUGUUGGGAGUGAGAUGAUUAGGCCGUAAUGCUGGAAUGACGAGCAUGAAACUGAAGGAAUGGACUUUUCUAACACCUUGGAUUUUGUUUGUGAAUUUGGAAGCACAUGUAAGGAAGAGAAUAAUUUCUUUGGUAGAUGAGAGCAUCAUGUACAACAACUCUACUUUUUCAUAUAUAUAUAUAUUUGCUUGUUACUGUUCA